ACGAUGAGAUAUAAACAAAUCAUCAUAAGGGCCUCCUUGUUCUCCAUCAUGACUUUUCUGAUGGUGAGAUGGUCCAUGAACACCAAAGACAUCCCCCAAAUGAUGUGCCUUGCCCCAACACCAGCCAGAACGCCGCUCCCCAUAAUGAGACAGUCAGUAACCCUGUCUAAUGGCACCUACACUUAUCAUCUGAACCUAACCAGGUUUGAGGCGGAGUUCCCCUACCUACAGAGUUACCGUUGCACACUCAUCCAGGAGCCAAACCAAGAGGAACAAGAAGCAACCAACCAAAAACUGCUGAUCCUGGCGGUGAAAUCCCGACCCAGUACUGGGACAAUGAGGUUAAAACUGCGGAAGACAUGGGCUAAAGAGAGAGAGAUAAACGGAUACAGAAUUAAACCGAUAUUCUUGUUGGGAAAGACGAAUGCGGAAGAACAUAUGGAAAUGGCCAAACGUGAGAACCAAGAGUACGGUGACAUUCUACAAUGGGACAUGACCGAAGGACACCAUAACUUGUCCUUGAAAGAACGCUGCUUUUUGGAGUGGCUUUUUCUAAAGUCACCUCAAGUGGAUCACAUUUUUAAAGUUGACGAAGAUGAAUUUGUGAACCCAGACGUGAUUGUACAGUUUAUUACAGAAUAUGGAUCCCCAGAUACAAUUCAUGGUUUUCACUAUCAUAGGCCACCUGUCCUGCGUGAGACCAAAUACAGCAUCACAGAGACUCUGUACCCUCAGGAAUAUUAUCCAGCUUUUGUCUCCGGUGGCGGCUUUCUGUUCCCGGGAGCCUCAGUGACCGGCCUGUACAUGGCCUCCCUUCUACUCCCUGUUUUCCCAUUGGACGACGUAUAUUUUGGAUUUCUCGCUGUGGCGGCCAACCUAACCUUUCGACAUGACAGUCGCUUCUACGUGCGAGGAUUAAAGUACGAUGUGUGUAAGUACAAAGAAGCACUGGUGGUCCACGGUAUUAAUGAAGAGAACAUGACACGGAUAUGGCAGGAAGUACAGACAAGGAACUGUCACACAUGGUACAAAAAAAUUAUUUUAUUCUCGGACUAAAACACAUCAAACUGGAUUUUGGAGGCAAAAUAAUGGAUUAAUUUUUUUUGUAUGUUUGCCAAACUUUUUAAUAAGCCCGAUUAAUACACAUUGACAAGUGCAGAUUAGGUCCCGGC